CUGGAUUUGUAUUUCUCAGAAAACAAUCCAAACAAAUGUAUUAAUAGUUGCAAUAGUUUUGUAUUCAGUUGUCAUCCAAUCAAUGAAUCCAUCACUUGAUUGAGUGUCACUCGACUCAACCAAAGGUCAUAUUGAAUGUGGAGAUAGUAGUGACUGAAAUGGGGAGCAACUGGUUGUGGCCGUCGAGGGCGAUGCCGUACCGACCCGUCAACGACAACAUAGCGGACAACUCGAUAACGUUGGCCUUCCCUGUGGUGACCGUAGUGGUGGUAUUGCUGCCAUUGGUGGCACUCGUGGUGUGUAUCAUGUGGUCACUGGUGUACGACUUCGAGAUCUCCACAUCGACCCACUGUGGGGUCAAUAACUGGUUGCCGUCCAUAAGUGCGGCCAUCGGGUCGUUCGCCCCCCAGAAGUACAUCUGGCGACUGGCCAUUAGCUUGCAUUCACUGCCGCGAUAUGUCAUUGCAUUCAUGUAUUACAACAGAUAUGGCUCGAGGGCUGUGUUUGUCUUGAAUAUCCUAGAAAUCAGUUCCCUAUUGGGUCUCACGUAUGUCUCGUCCACCGAAAACUUCCCAUUUCACUCGAAUUGUUUCCAAUUGUUCCUGAUAUCAGCUUUCGUUGGAAUGGGUUUACAUUUAAUUAAAUAUAGAAAAAGCGUUUUUAAGAAAUACAUGGCCCUAACAAACGUCAUCUCCGGUGCGUUUGCCGUAUAUUUCUAUUUCAGACACAACUGGCACUGCGAGGCAGGCAUUUACACCUUGUUUGCCAUUUGCGAGUAUUUAGUCGUCUUAAGCAAUAUAUUGUUUCACUUUCAAGCCUUCUAUGACUUCUCGCAAACCAUUGUCUCCAUUACUGAUCGAAGAUAUCAUUCAAUCAAUUAUUCUGCUUAACACUCGACACAACUCUUGUUAUAGAUUUAAAUUUAUAUUAUUUGUUACAUUAGGAGAUCUCACAACUAAUUAUUAAAUUAAAAUUAUGUCAUUAAAAA